CGGUAACAGUUUCCGUCGAUUCGUCUGGAUCGCCGGAGGGCCCUUCGAUCCCGAUUUCUUUGAUCUAGGGUUAAGACCGGGAGACCAGUGUUUCUCCCGAUUAGGGUGGGAUUUGAGCAAAUUUCUUAGAUCUCUUCCAUCUCACAUACCGAAUCAAGCGAUUGAGCUAGGGUUUCUCGACUUUCUGAUCUUUUUAGAGUUUCUUUGCUAGGAAUCAUGAACGAUCCGUCGCAGAUGCUGAACCCCGGAACUUUGGGAUGUGGCAGCCGCAGCCACAAGCACCGCUUCCACCGCUCCCACCACUUGCACCGCAGCCAACAACUGCCUCCGUGACGGAGGAGCCGAUGGGGUUUCAAAACCCUAGACCGGUUUUCGCUCCCACCGGCGCGAAACCAGUGAGAGCCAACUGGAAUAGCAACAAGCGGAAUAAGGUUGCUGCGGGAGCCGGAGCCGGAGUUGUUCCCGGCGGGUUACCACCUGCCGGCGGCGGCGGCACCGGAAUUUCAGGGUACAGACCCCCGACUUUAACGGAGCUACAGUAUCAGAACCGCUUAAAGGCUAGGCGCUUCUACCCAAAGAAAAAAUUUAGUCGAUUCGCCCCAUUUGCCCCACGAAACACCACUUCUUUCAUUAUUCGUGCUAAGAAAUCAGGCGGGAUUGCUUCGCUGGUUUCGCCUUGCCCUGUGACGCCGGCGAUCCUCCCGACCCCAACCUUCUCCCCCUCUAGAGAGGGACUGGUUGAUAUGGCUAAGGAAGAGUGGGGCGUGGAUGGAUAUGGAUCCAUGAAGGGUUUGAUACGUCUCCGCUCCCCAACUGCUGGUGGCAGCCGGAAUAACGUUGGGGUUGAAGAUGACGAUGAUGAUGAGGAUGGAUCAAGCGAGAGUGAUGUUGAGGAGCACGUGGAGGUAGAAAGACGGCUAGACCAUGACCUCAGUAGAUUUGAGAUAGUGUACCCGAGCUUUGUUGAAGAACAAGGUGGCGCUACUUCUUCAGCUUACUUGCUGGAAAACCGAGUUGAUGAUCAGGACUCUCACAUUGCUCAGCUGGAAGAGGAAAACCUCACACUGAAAGAGAGGCUUUUUUUGAUGGAGAGGGAGAUGGGUGAGCUUAGGAGGAGGCUACUGCUGUUGGAGACUGACUAUAGAUUGCACAAUGAGAGGAACAACGACAACAACAACGAACAACAUGGUGACCAUGAUGAUAAUUUGAAUAUGAAGGAGGCGUCGGAGAAUGAAGGUGGAGGUGAUGUGUGCUCGGAGAAGAGCGUUGGAGACUAUGAAGAGAGCUGCGGAAUUGCCCAGCAGGAGUGAAGGGAGUUUACUCGACCAUCUGUUCUUCCUGUACAUAUUUUCAGUUGACAUUACCUUCAAACUUUUCAUGCUUUAAUUAAUGUUUUUGUUGCUCUUUGGCUUUUGCAUUCGAUGUCUAGUGUUAGACUAGUAAUCUGUAGUGAUGCUUUUAUGAAAAGCA